AGUACCACUGUAUUUUAUGAAUGUUUUUUUAUGAAUUACGCAUGACUUUAUAAAAUAGCAAAACAAUAAAAAAAUUUUGCUAGACCUAAUAUUCAAAGAUUACUUUUUUAAUUUUGGUUCUAUCUGGAGUUGAUUUCUCUAUAGGUGUUUGUGCUGGAAUAGCUGGAGGAUUGUUUUUACUUAUUGCUUCUGGGUGGCUGUACAAAGUAAUGAAGAAAAGAAAUGACAAGAAACGCAAGGAAAAUUUCUUCAAGCGAAAUGGUGGUUUCUUGCUACAACACAAGUUAUCUUCAAGUGAUGGCAGCGAAAAGAUCAAAUUGUUUAAUUCGAAGGAGUUAGAGAAAGCCACCGAUCAUUACCAUGAAGAUCGUAUUCUCGGCCAAGGAGGCCAAGGUACUGUUUACAAAGGCAUGUUGUCAGAUGGGAGAAUCAUCGCUGUUAAAAAGUCUAAGGUUGUCAAUGAAGGACAGGUUGAGCAAUUCAUCAAUGAGGUCGUCAUUCUUUCACAAAUUGUCCAUAGGAAUAUAGUCAAGCUCUUGGGUUGUUGUUUAGAGACAGAUGUUCCUCUGCUAAUAUACGAGUUCAUCCCAAAUGGAACACUCUCUCAACAUAUUCAUGAUCCAAACGAGGAGUUCCCACUCUCAUGGGAGAUGCGCUUUCAGAUUGCCACAGAAGUUGCUGGAGCUCUUUCCUACUUGCACUAUGCAGCGUCCAUACCCAUCUAUCAUCGAGACAUGAAGUCAACCAACAUACUCUUAGAUGAAAAAUACAAAGCUAAAGUUUCUGACUUUGGAACUUCAACAUCAAUUGAUGUUGAUAAUACUCAUUUGACCACACGAGUACAGGGGACUUUUGGAUACUUAGAUCCAGAGUACUUUCAAUCGAGCCAAUUUACUGAUAAAAGUGAUGUUUACAGCUUCGGAGUUGUUAUUGUUGAGCUUUUAACUGGGCAAAAACCAAUAUCUUCCACUAGAACCCAAGAAAGUAGGAGUUUAGUCAGUUAUUUUAUGCAAUCAAUAGAGGAAAAUCAUCUACUUGAGAUUCUUGAUCCCCGGAUUCUUAAAGAGGGCCGGAGAGAAGAGAUGAUUGCUGUUGCUCACCUCGCAAGAAGAUGCCUAAAUUUGAAUGGAAAGAAGAGGCCUACAAUGAAAGAUGUUGCAGUUGAGUUGGAAGGAAUUAGAAUGUCACAUGGAAGUUCGACAAUUCACCAACACUAUGAAGAGGUUGAAUACAAUGCAACUGACCUUAUUGAGGCUUGGGAUGUUGCUUCAACCUUGACUGGAACUUUUUUAGAUAGCAGUACAACUUCAACAUUUGAAAUGCAAUCACUAUUGCUUAACAAGCCGUGACGUAUACACAUACGCACAUAACACAUAUAUAUAAUGCUUGUUCAUCUUAGAUUUUUUGAUUGAGAAUAUACCAAUAAGUUACCAUACAGAUUUGUUAUUGAAAUGUUGGUUAGAAUAAUUAAGUACUAGUUUGCAAAGCUACAAACUUGUAUGACUUAUGCUUUGGAUUGGCAAUAUUAGUAGUUUCCUAUAUACUAUACAUAAUUC